AUGUCGGUCGCGGUCGAGGAGAAGUCAUCAUCGACGUCUACAUGGUCCUUCUUAACAGACAAUGCCAUCGCCGCAACCAUCGCAGACUCUUACUCUAAUCUUUCGGCGAAAAGGAAGCUCUUAGGCCUCGAGAAUCCCGGAACGGUCGAUAAUAUCGCGCGCGAAGUUCAGAAGGAUGUUCUCCUGUCGAAUUUCAUGUUCUCCGGCUUGCGCUGCGACUUACAGAAGGUCUUCAGCAUAAAUCCUCUAUUUCGCCUACAACAUGGCUUCGCAAUGGGUUCCCAAGCUCUACCGCCGUGGCAACUAAUGGCCUUGUAUGGCACUUCUGAUAUUUUCAUGCAAGCCGCCUACUCGAGCGACCGAUCUUUGACGGCCUGGGGAAACCUCAGAUGGACUCCACGAUUCGUGACCAAGACGCAGACCUCGAUUGACCCACGACAGACCCAGACCAUGGUGCAAAUCGAGAACGAAUACACGGGUGAUGAUUUUUCGGCAUCGAUCAAGGCCCUCAGCCCAUCUGUCAUGGAAGGUGGCCUCACCGGCAUCUUCAUCGGAAGUUACCUGCAAUCAAUUACACCAAAGCUGGCAUUGGGUCUUGAGGGUGUGUGGCAGCGACCCGCAUUGAACAGCAAACCGGAGACUGCGUUGUCGUACUGUGCGAGAUACAAGAGUACAGACUGGAUUGCCAGUGCACAAUGGCUGAGCCAAGGCUCAUUGGGAGUUACAUACUGGAGACGAUUGACCGACAAGGUCGAGGCCGGCGUUGAUUGUCAACUGCAAUUUGCUCCCGGCAUGGGUGCCAGCAUGUUUGGAGGCGUUCGACGAGAAGGCACUACAACUGUUGGUCUCAAAUACAGCUUUACCAACUCGGUCUACCGUGCGCAAGUCGACAGCACUGGAAAAUUUGGCGUUGUGCUAGAGAGGCGGGUUGCACCUCCGGUGACAUUGACUUUCGCCGCCGAGAUCGAUCAGUGGAAGAACACCCACAAGCUUGGCGUCGCUGUCUCACUCGAAGGUGCUCCGGAAGAAUUGCAGGAAAUCAUGGAACGUCCAGAGAAUCAGAGCGCCAUUCCGCCGCCUAUUUAG